AUGGCCAUGUUUAACGUCCUUGUCUACAAUUCGGGGGCGAUUUGGUGGGUUUCGGUUGAGAAUGCGCCGAUGAAGAGGUUCCAGCUCAUGCAACGGAUUAAUGUCGAGGGACUUUAUGGUACUAUUCAGGCUGCUUUUCAAGAACCAAGGCCCCGAAUCAUCGUUGUCAGCCCUCCUAUUUACUCUCGUUUCUUCCGAGGCAAGACAGCACGCGCAAUGGGAAAGAUUGGAAUGAGUGUUCUAACGAAGGGAUUGCGAUAA